UAAAUACCUACGGAAAACAUACGAAUUCUCUCCCCAAUCAUCUCACAACAAAACGAGAAAACACAGAAACAGAAACGACCCAAGUCUGCCAAAUCUCGAGUCUCGUUUCCUCCUCCUCUAAGUUAUCGGCGAUGGCGGCACUACAAUACUUGGAAUCACUUCGGAAUAACCAUCCUGAGCUCUCCGAUUGGUACAAUACCCUCGCAGAUCUGUACCAGCGCAAGCUAUGGCACCAGCUCACUCAGAAGCUCGAACAAUUCGUAACCCUUGCCAUCUUUCAGGCUGGGGAUGCUCUCAUACAGCUAUAUCAUAAUUUUAUUACUGACUUCGAGACUAAAAUCAACCUUCUCAAGCUUGCUCAUUUUGCCGUCACAGUUUCUAGGCAGUACUCGGAAAGAGAAGCAGCAAUUGGCUACCUAGAAGGAGUGAUUGAAAAGCUUCGCAAUACCAGAGAGUUGAGAAUAGAGGAGCCUAUACUCUAUAUUAAGAUGCAGAUUGCUUUAUUUAAGCUAGAGCAAGGGAAUCAAAAAGAGUGCAAAAACCUUUUGGAGGAGGGAAAGAGUACCUUAGAUAGCAUGACUGACAUAGAUCCGACUGUAUAUGCUAGCUUCUACUGGGUUUCAUCUCAGUACCACAAAGCUCGCCAAGAGUUUGCUGAGUUCUACAAAAGUGCACUUCUUUAUUUGGCUUACACAUCCGUUGAGUCUUUGUCUGAUACAUUCAAGCUUGAUUUGGCGUUUGACUUAUCCCUGUCAGCGUUGCUUGGAGAUAACAUUUACAAUUUUGGGGAGCUGCUUGCCCAUCCAAUCAUCAAGAGUCUUUUGGGGACCAAGGUAGAAUGGCUCUACUCAAUUCUUGAAGCAUUCAACUGUGGUGAUUUAGUUCGAUACCGGGAACUAUGCAAUAUUCAUAGAGCUGCUCUCAGUUCUCAACCAGCACUGGUGCAGAAUGAGAAAAAACUUCUGGAGAAGAUCAACAUCCUUUGUCUAAUGGAAAUUAUUUUCAGUCGACCCGCCGAGGAAAGGACUAUCCCUUUAAGUGUUAUUGCUGACCGAACCAAACUUUCUGUAGAAGAUGUGGAGUACCUUCUCAUGAAGAGCCUCUCUGUUCAUUUGAUUGAGGGAAUAAUUGAUCAAGUUAAUGGCACCGUUCAUGUUUCGUGGGUUCAGCCAAGAGUAUUAGGCAUAUCGCAGGUCAAAUCUUUGCGGGAUCGGCUUGAUAGUUGGGUGGAAAAGGUUCACACCACUUUGGUAUCCGUCGAGGCAGAGACACCCGAUUUGGUUACAUCGUGAUUCUGCUACCGUUUAGCAUAACUUUGCUCUAAUGUUCCAGCCAGAGAGACAGUAGAUCAUAGUUUAUUUAAUUGUACACUAUCUAAAGGCAGUUUUUUGAAUUGCUUUUGGGACUAUCAUAUUUUGCUUAUCCCGGUCAAUUUAUUUACUUUUCUCACCAAUGUUUUGUUUGAUAUAUUAUUCUGCGACCUGUGCGAGAUUAGUCAUUGACAGUAACGAUGUUAAAAUUCAACUUUUGCGUGGGAGAAUUAGGAAAGCCAAAACUUCUGCCUGCGAUAGAUGCCUGGGUACUAUAUUGGAUGUUCAGCCUGAAUUCGGAACAGAUUUCUAAAGUUUAGGAGAGAAUAAAAAUGAAAUUUGCUCGCAAGUAGAUGCAUGUUCUCUCAAAAUGGAAAAUGUUCUUCUACUUUGGGGGGUAUUAUUGGUUAUGGAUGUUGAUAUCUAAAAGCGCUUGGUCGAGGACUCGAGGUACUCAUCCAUUUAGCAGGUUUCUACCCACCCAUUUAGGGUGUAGAAUGGAUCUAUAGUGAUGCAGGUUUCUACUAUGUAACGUCUAAGCUGAGUGCUUGCCAAGUAUUUAAAAAAUAAAGAAAUACUCAUCCAUUUCCUUUGUUAUGUGGAAUAACAUGUGGACAAAUAUUC